ACAACAGCAAACAACCACAUCGGCGCGCUCUAACCUCUCUGAGACCCCGAAAGCUUCGGCAAAUGUUUCGGAUUUUUGUGCUCAAUUCUACGGACCGCACACGGCACAGAGACGCGCAUUUGUGAUUUCUUAUAUUAUAAAUGCCAAGUACAGAGCUGCAUCCGUCUAAUUUGCGCGCUGGUAGACAUGCGCGAAGCAUGUCGGUCGGAAAAUUCGUUCCCCAAGAAAAGUAGUGAAAACCUAGCGAGGUGGUGUUAAUCCGCGUCCAGAAGCCGUGUCGUUGAAGUCGUUUGAUUGGAGUGUUUCUUCGCGGUGUUGGGAAAAAUAAACUGUUUGGAGCCGUUGAAGUUGCUGUCGGAAAGGACUUUGAGGAAUAAUCGAGUGCGCAGUGUCUGAAGCGGUCGUGAAAAUGUGGUUAAGAUUGUUCAUUGGAUGUUGUGUGAUAGGGAGCUUACUAGCCGAGAAGAAUGCAACCCAAGAGCUGACCACCAAGGAAAAGCGCCAAACCGACCACGAGACUCGAACUGCUCCCCAGGCAGCUAGUCGACGGCAACAACCGGGUGCGGGAUACUACCAGGAUCCUGACGCAGCAGCGCACUACUACGCCCAGCAAGCUGGAGGUCAGCUUCUGUUCAGACCGCACCAGCUGAAGGCCGGCCAAGAACAAGUGCAGGAGCUUCCAGCGGAAUACAUCAGUUUGUUGCAGCAAUUAGCCGAUCACCAGAAUCAUGCAGCAGCACCCGUCAAACAACCGAAGCACCACUCCUACGACGUUCAAAACGCCCAAACCGAGCAAUACUAUCACCAACAGCAGCAGCACCAUCCCCAGCAACAGCAGCAUCAGCAACAGCAGCAGCAGCAGCAACAACAACAACAGACACAGCUCCAUCAUCCGCCGGCGCAGCAUAAUCAAAUCCAAUACAUCACUGAGGAGGAGUAUGCUCAAAUUUUGAAACAUGCCCAAGCACAAAACCAGCAAGCUGCUGCCCAGGCUCAAUACGCCCGACCAGCCGGAAAGCAAGAAUCGCCCAAAUACCGCCCGGCUGUUCAACUGUUGGAGACUGGUCAGGAGCACGGACAGGCUUACGCACAGCCAGAACCUGAGCAGCCAUAUCGAAUCCAAUACAAGAGCAUUCAACCGACUGGAUCUGUCACCCCCGUAUCGAAGCCAAUUAGCGCCUUUUCAUUCGAAAAAGAACUCGCUAAAUUGGUGGAAUCAAAUCGUCCCAUUGCCUACCAUCCGGCGGGUCCGCAUCGACCAAGCGAACGUGGACCACAUGAUGGCCCACGAUACGUGGUGAAUCCUCAGUCGCACGAAUAUGCCUACGUCCCGGUCCCUGCUCACGAGCACCCACAAAAGCAAUCGAUCAAAGCUCAGUACAUUGCACCUUUUGCUCAACUACAGUCUGGUCCAAAACUGAGCGCAGCCCAUCUGCAAGUUGGACCCCAUAAGUUCGCUGAUAGCCCCGCCCAAAAAUAUCAGUUCAUUCAACAGGAAGCCCCAGCCAAGGGUCAUGUUCCACAGCAAUAUCUUGCUGAAGUACCACCAAAAUACGCUCAACAUUCGUCAGAAAAGCAACCCGCCGGAACUCCAUCUCCAAAAAUUCAGUACUACGUCCCCAAAGAAAAGAACCUCCAGAUCUACUACCCCCAGCAGGUCACAGAAAAGCAACCAACCGAACAACACACUGCGCAACACCCAAUGAAGAUCGUUGAUGCUCCUCAAUUGCAACAUGAGAAACCCCACAAGCAGGUUCAAACUAAUCGUCCAAAGGCUCAAUACGUCGCCAGAGAUAAACAAGCAGAACAGAGUCAACAGACGGUUCAGAAAUCUAAGGAUGCAGAAACACCAUCCCGAUCGGCCAUCUAUGUAUCCCAGCAGACGGGAGUGUCUCCAUCGCCGGCCCCCGCAGCUCAACAUCCCAGUCAGGAGAAACAACCCCAGCCUCAACACCACAAGAUUCCGCCCAAGAUCGAUCGUCCUCUCACUCAGGAAGAAUUCCAAGCACUGGUGGAUGCAGGAUAUUCGGUAGUUCCCGUACCCGUACCGGUCCCAGUGCCUGUUUCCCAGUAUCAUGCGCAACAGCAAGCCGCAGCAGCCCGUGCAUCAGCAGCUGCUCAGGCACCUUCCGCACGUCACGGUCCAGUACCACAGGCCUCCCGGUACCACCAGCACCAAGUGGCGGCGGAAAACAACCCCAGUCAAGUUAUCACGUACCUGCGUCCGCUGCAUAUCGAUCCAUUCUCGGCAGGCGUCAGAGGACCCAACAAAGCAGUACCCUGAGUGCGGUAAACCAACUGCCACUGUUUUAGUUUUAACCUGUUUAGAUAAGUAUUAUAAAUAGUAUUGUAAUGUAAUUUAUCGAACGUUUCGCCCAUGCACGAAACAAACAUGUAUGUAUAAAACCACGAAACAGUGGCACAAAAGAGGAGAUUUUUUAUUUGUUUUAGCCGUGAUGCAAUUGUUACGCAUAAUUUAUACAGACUUUUGUGUAAUAGCUUCAGAUUGAGCGAAAUAAAUGUUUUAAAUAAUA